UCGUGGGGGGUUCGUGGAAGAGUUGGGUUCGAUUCCCUUUAUACGCGAUGUGGCGAAAAAGACUGAUUCAACGAAAUAUGCCAUGCAAGCAUUAAGAUUUAAAACGUGUCAUCUACUUCCAGGAAAUGUUCGGAACAGAGAACUUUCUCUAAUCCAACGCCGUAUUCUCCGAAGAUUGAGCAACAAGAGGAGAUCCAUUAAAAGAAAUCUUUCUCAUAGAGAAAAUCUAAACAGUAACAUCAAAUCACAAACUACACGAAAGUUGUAUCUUUAUUAUGGGGAUUUACCCAUAAGGGAGAUGCACAGAGGAAGAGAACGAACUUCAUAUAUCCCUUUUUUACUCAAUCAAGAAACAAGAUCAGACGUGAUUCCGGUUCGUCUCCAUUUUAGUGACACUCUUCCUCAAGCAAGGCAGCCGAUAAGUCAUCGAAGGGUUUGUUUGAAUAAUGGACUGGUAACCAUUACUCAUUUGAAAGUUUCCCACGGUGAUCUAAUAUCUUUUAAAGUAAAUGACGCGAGAACCCGUGGUUUUGAAAUAAGGAGAUCUUUCUAUAUCGACAUAUCAGUUGGAAAAAUCAUAGGCAAAUUCAUAUCGGCCAUAUCAGUUGGAAAAAGAAGAGGCAAAUUCCUACCGGCCAGAAUCUGGAGAAGAACAAAAGAAGAAUGGUUCUGCUUACUCACAACUCAGAGGGGAUGCCGCUUACUACUCAAAUCCAAGGAAUUGCAAAAGUUGCGUUCUUAUAUGCAAGAAGAAGACUUUGAAAGAACAAAGAAGUUUGGAUCCGCAAAAGUAUGCUUAGGCAGUUUCUUCGCUGAGCACAACAGAAUGAAGAGGAAUUUGUUUCAUUUCAAAUACUUCUUCUUAUUGAAAAGAGGGAAGGAGAAAAACCGAAAUCUUCCUACUCGAACAAUAAGUCCUUUUGUAGAAAAGUCUUCUUUAUAUAGUAAUUUGACCUAUUGCUCCGGAUCCCCGUUUACUAGGAAGAUAAGAAUCAAAAGGAUCGAACUACCUACUCAUUAUCCGGAGGUGAAUCAUAGAACACUAAAAUCUGUGGUAUCUUAUGGACCUAACAUAGGUCACAUCCCUCACGACAUAAGAUUGAAAGAUCCAAGCCUUCCUCUUCGGAGCGGAAACGGACGUGGCCAAAACAUAUAAAAAAAGAUCGGCCUAGUCGCUCAUAGGGACAUAUCUAUCCGGAUAGAGGAUAGUCUAGAUCAAUUUUGAGAAAAAUCUCUCUCUAUAUUGAUAGGUAUCUCUGUGGAUAGAGAUAAAGAUAGGGAUCCCUAUAAAUCGAAAUAUAUGGAAAAAGUGCACUUUUUGACUACUACUACUAUUUCUUAGACUUUUUCAAGGAAACAUCAUUUUUUCGAUUUUGACUGAAUUGGUCGGAGCGUAGACGAGCAAGCAGAGCCCAGGAAAGAGGUCAGAUCGUCAUAG